GCGUACCCGGCAAACAGCAUCAAACCUCCAGUCGCCACUGAUCCUCUCACUGCUCCCUGCCACUGAUCUCUCUCUCUCUCUCUCACUUGGAUUUCAACACCACUGACCGCCAUCAUGUCGCUGCCCGAGGCUCAAACCGAAGAGUACAAUGCCUUCUUUGCCAACAAGUCCCUGUCGGACUUGCCGGCCGUUGACAAGGUCAUCACCGUCAACUCCUCCGACUCGGUUGCACAAGCCACCCGUACCCUCGCGGCCCACAACAUUCUGAGCGCCCCGGUGCGCGACAGCGAUCAGCCCGAUGAUGCGCCCUGGCUCGAAAAGUACAUUGGCACCGCCGACGCCGUCAACCUCAUGCACUGGCUCUUGCACCAGGUCCAGGACACGGACGGCAUCGAAGACCUGGACAUGCUCUUGCGUCACACCGCGGCUCACACCGAGAUUGCCAACGUGAUUGACGAGGACAAGGACACGGCACGCUUCAACCCCUUUAUUCCACUGGCCAAGGAGAAUAACACCAUGCUAGAUGUCAUGCUCCUGUUGGGCAAAUACGCCCAGCACCGUGCCUACAUUGUGGAGCCUGGAUCCGACAUCACCAACGUCGUGACCCAAACCUCCUUGCUGGAGUUUCUCCACGCCCACUUGGACGAGUUUCCCAAGCUGGUUGAUUCCACCGUCGCUGACCUGCAGCUUGGCACAAAGAAAGAUAUUGUGAGCUGCAAGCCCACUGAUACCAUGCAGAGCGCCCUGCUCAAGAUGCGUGACGAGCAUGUCAGCGCACUGCCCUUCGUGGACAAGGCCAACAAGGUGUUGGGCGUUGUUUCGUCUCGUGACACGCGGUUGCUGAUUCGCCAGCCUACACGUCUGCGCUUCUUGAACCAACCUCUUGAACUUUUCAACGACCUCCACGUCGCCCCCUUUGAUGCUGAGGUCGUAUGCUGCACGUCAUCGGAUACGCUGCGCUCGGUGAUUGAAAAGCUCAGGAAGAACCGUGUUCACCGAGUCUUUGUCGUUGACGACGACAACGUCUUGCAGAGCGUCAUUGCGCUGCGUGACGUCAUUGCACAGUUUGUCAAGGAGCCCGCCGACAGCAAGAUUGAGGCGUACUUUGUGCAGCGCAGCGCGGCUGCCUUGUAACAGCUUUUACUUGCCCUUGUUAUAGUUACCCAUUGAUGUUCAAUAUUGUUUGUUGCCUUGCUCACUGCCCAACGAUCGCCAGCUGGCGUUGGGCCACACCCAUGCAUACUCGCGUGACAAUCUCUCCAAUCAAUCCAGUGUGACUGUCCCAUGGCUCGUGGUACUCAAAGGACCUUGACUGAUCAAGCCAUCUCUCAACUAGAGCACAUCAAAUCACGUCGAUAGUCUAAUAAGCAGCGGAAAAAAUUAGACCAGGUCUAACUGCACCAUAUCGCUCGUCGAUGAAAGAGAUGUAUGAAGCCAAAUUGAAGUAUCACAUC